CCUAUCUCUUGGCUGUGAGUGGGACCCCACCUGUGAUGCAACUUCGUUCUUUGUACACUUGCCCCACUGGCAGGGUCUAGAGGCAGAGGAAGGGCCCCUGAACUGUGCAGCAGCCAGCGCCCUGCCAGCGCUGCUGCAACUGGGGGGCAAGCCUGCAGGACGGCAGGAGGACGGCAGGUUCAGGGAUCAGAUCGAUUUGUUGGACUUGGGCGCUCGCAAUGGCAGCAACUAGUGGAGAAGAGUCUUCUACUACUGUGGGGUCUGUGACAGGGAGGCAGUACGACCUGAGGGCCUUGGCAGACCCACUCUUCCAAUUCUACCGGCGUUCUUUUCCCCCAAGUACUCCAACUAGAGAUGGGGAACAAGUCCCCCGCUCUGCUGUCACCACCCUUGCGGCGGUUGCUUCCAGCAUCAAGAGGGGCGCUGAGGGCAUGGGCAGAUGGGGGCUUUCUGAGCUCACUCUGGGGCUGUACAAGCUCUCGCAGCGCCACGCUGCCGAGGGGGCAGAGGACGCAAUUGGGGGAACGCCCGUUAACAACAGGGGCGAACUCGAGACCCUCUUGUCAUGGCUCUACAUCGCCAAUGCCGCCUACGAGCGUGACAAGCAGGGGGUGUCCAAAAUCAGCACCCUGUCUGAGGAGCAGAUUGUCAAAGUGUCCCUGAUCUCGAGCGUGCACAAACCGGCGUACUACCUGGCAGUGGAUCACUCAAAGCGUUGCGUGAUCCUCUGUGUGCGAGGCACAUGGACUGCCACAGACGUGCUCACAGACAUGAGCCUCGCUAGCGAGCCCUUCACAGGGCCUUCUCAUUCGGACGGCGGUCGAAGCGGACAGUUGGACAGUCCGGCGGCUGGGAUCAGCGGCUACGCGCACCAUGGCAUGUUGGAAGCUGCCAAGUGGCUGGCCGAAAAUGAGAGCAAGAACUUGCGCGCGUUGCUGACUAGGCAUCAGGGCUACGACCUCGUGUUGUGCGGCCACUCUCUGGGCGCGGGGACCGCAGCCCUUUUGGCCAUGCUUUUGCACGGGUGGAACGGCAGCGCAGACUCGCAGACCCGACUGGGGGUCCCGUCGUCCGUUAUUCGGGCCGUGCUGUUUGCCGCUCCGCCAGUCGUAUCGCGGCAGCUGGCGGAGGCGGCGACCAGCUUCGUCACUACGGUCGUGCUUCAGGAUGACGUUAUAGCCCGCGUGUGCCCCGCCACGCUGGAGGACCUACGUGGCGAGAUCCUGGCCACCGACUGGAGCCACGUGCUCAAGGAAGGCGAGAUGAAGACCAAGGUCGUGGCGGCGCUUGCGUCGACACGCGACACGCUGCACCCGCACGUCAAGGCAGCGGAAAAGGCGGCAGGUCUGAAAGAGGGCGCCCUUGCGUCUGCCGGAUCCUCGAUCGCCAAAAUCGUCUUCGCCAAGGGAGCCGCACGUGCCAUCGGCCCCCGCGUGUCUAAAGGCUUCGGCUACCUCGGAACGGCGGCCGCGAUUGCGGCAGCAGUGGGAGGUUCCGUGUAUGACAGCAUGGCAGCAGCAGGCGACCCCCCCCGGCAAGCGUCCGCAUCAGAAGCUGGGCCGUCCGAUGGUGCGACGGCGCCCGCAUCCAACGGCGGAGCAGCAUCCGGCGAAGUGGCCCGUUCCGGUUCCGGAGGCGCUGUUCCGGUUAGCGCCGAGGAAGCGGAACGCCGGCGGCUGUUCGUUCCGGGUUUGCAGUACCACAUAGUCCGGCGGCCAGCGAUAGUUGGAACGGAAAAGAAGGACGAGCGGAACGGAAAGGGGGCGGAAGAGGGGGUGGGGGAGGGGUCGGAGAAGGUACGGCACAGCUUGUUUAGGGGUGACGAUCCGAGCCGACGAUUUGGGCGGAUUGUGCUAACCAAUACGAUGCUGGCGGACCACUCGUGCCCGGCGUAUGCGGAGGGUCUGCAAGAUGCGCUACGGACUUGUGUUUGAGAUAAAAGCUGACAAGACCUGUAAGUAUCUGCAACUGGUGCAGUGGCGUUUGUCGAUAAUCAAAAAUAGUUAUGGAGCUAACUUGGGAUUACUGACUAUUCUUGCCAUGCUUGAAGUUGAUUGAGUCGACAGAGUUUCGUUCCAACGGCCAUGUGUCCAACUGCUAAUAUUUCGUAACUUAGAAUUCUGAAACGUGCUUACAAUUACUUGGUUGCAUACGGACGGUUGGUCGAGUUCAUUGAUUGAACUCUCACAGCUAGUCAUUCGCACAUGGUCGACAAUUCUGAAGGCUUGCCGUACAUUUGGAAACAAACGCGAACCCCAGGCUUAACUUGUCUGGUUGC